CCAUCCGUCAGAGAGUCAGAACAAACUUUUCAUCCGCGUAAUCCAAUCUUUUUCGAUCGCCAUUUGUUACAGUUCGGUUACAAUUUUCGCAAUUUUGCCGUAUAAAUUAGCAAGCAAAAGUGUUCAAAUUUGGAUAUAUUUACUUCGUACAGUGCAUUUUAUCGAAUAAUUGCAAAAAGUUACUGGAAUCGAUCAAGAUUCGGUUGUACAAUCGUUCGGAAAAGUGAGCCAGCGGAAUCGACCAGAGUGGAGUGGUGUUUGUGCUUGAGCUAGUAGAGGUCACCGAGAAAUCCUUCCAACAUAGGGCUAUCCGAGACGGCCGUAAUGGACAUCAUGGCUUCGAACCUUCAACAGCAGCGGGCCAUCACCGAGCAGUUGAGGCGGGAGGCCGCGAUCCAGCGGGUUCCGGUCACGCAAGCCGUGGCCGACAUCGUCAAGUACGUGACGGAGCACGAAGCCGAAGAUUGCCUGCUGGUGGGCUUCUCCAGCCAGAAGGUGAACCCCUUCCGGGAGAAGAGCUCCUGCCAGAUUCUGUAAGGUGGGUGUGACGACGCGGAGGGGAAAAGGCGAAAGAGGAGUGCGGCGCGACAUCCUGCCCCCUCAGUUGAAGCUAGGAGGAAGAAUCUCGAAAUUGCCAGCGGCCCAGUUCGAUGAUCAGCCGAAUAAUGGUGAGAAAUUUUCUGAAUAUGGGAGGGGUGGGAAAGUGACGUCACCAAUCGUCGUCGUCGUCGCCGUCACUCUUUUGUUUACUUGUGUGUAAUCUAUAUAUAGAUGUUUUAGCGGAAAAUGCAAUGAGGGAACACAGGCUCACGGUGGCGAUGUGUUCCCUUCACGUAUAGAUAGAGAUCGCUUGAUGUCAUGCUAUAGAAAAGGGGAGGGCGUUUUGAAAUCACACUGGAAAUUGAAAACAGGAAAUUAGCUUGUAGGCAGCAAUAAAGCAGGUUGAAAUCAUUUGGAAGAGGCAUCUCUGUCUCUCGCAUUCUCAUCCUAUCGGCAUUACAAAACAAUAUCGAACGUUAGAGAGCAAAUCGACCCAUUGAAAUAAAGUAGAAUUUAUCAGCUUCUCUAAGAAAAGCAUAAAUAAUAACACGAAACUGAAGGAAAUUGCCAACUUUACCUACUAUUGCUACUACUACUAGAGAAAAAGAGGAUGGAAUCAGAAACAAUAUACUAUUUAUUAAAUGUUACUAACCGAAUCUGGUAAUAUCAUCCGGUGCGUUGCAUUUGUAGCAUUUUCCUAGACGUUGGCAGGUACCUAAGCAAAGAGUUUUGAAAGGUUUGUGGACAAGGAAUUUUGCAGCAGCACACGUCUAAUGCUCGCGUCGGAUAAAUAAACCGUAAAAUAUUUAUGUACUGUGUAACGAAAAA